AUGCCGAAAUCACCAGGUACAGUGCCGAAGGGAUGGGAUGAGCAAACCAUCUACCUUCACGCACCCUCUUACUCGAAAAAGCUUGGUGGUGACAAGGUCAGCGCACUCAUACUGCCAAAGUCCAAUCUAGCGCCCGAUACGCAGGUUUACAAGCCUAAAGGACCAUACUCGAAUGUCAAGAUUACGCCAGUGACGGACUCUACCCAUCCUGCACAUGGACAGCAUGCGCUAUAUGCUAACCAGCAUCUGCCACCAGACUCGUUCAUCUUGCCAUAUUUAGGCUAUGUGCACGACCAGACUGACAUUGACGAAGCAUCCGACUACGACUUAUCACUCGACCGUGAACUAAGCAUCGGCGUCGAUGCAUCGAAGAUGGGCAACGAAGCGCGAUUUAUCAACGACUACCGUGGCGUGUCCACCGCACCGAGCGCCGAAUUUCGCGACAUCUUUGUGGACAUUGGAAAUGGGAAGGUGGAGAAGAGGGUUGGCGUCUUCGUGCUCAGCGCUGGCAAAAGUGGAAAGAGAGCAAAGGGCAUCGGGCGUGGACAAGAGAUUCUUACCACACCAUGGCUCCCAUGUCGAGACCCACUUUAUAAUGAGUCGAUGCAGAAGUACAUGCUUCUCUCAGCCCAGAAGGAAGCUCUCCAGCGCCGUAUGGCCAUGGAGAUUCCAUUCAACGCACCCAUGGCAGCAACCUCGCCAGAGUUUCAGUCUCUGUCAUCAUCGCCUACCUCACCGACAAAGUACUCGACGCCGUUCCCCACAGCCAGUGACCCCGUUCCCGUCAGCUCGAGGACUAGCGCAACCCCGCGCAACAGCAUCGAUGAUAUGCACACUGAAGAAUCUCACAAGCUCGCCGAGAUCAACCAGCAAAUCGUCGCUAUCCUCACCGAGCUCAUGAACACCGAAUGCAUCCGCAACGACGACAAGCAGCGCGCCUGGGUUCAAGGCCGCCUCAUGGAAGCCGAGCACCAAAUACGUCGUGAGCGCCGCCGUCACUCAUCCAACGCUGGCGGUGACUUUGCAGAUGCCAUUGCACAGCAUCUCGAGCUUGGUCUCAACACUUCCAAGACUUGGGCGUAA